UAAUGACAAGAUAUCAAAGCUCAACUUGAAUUAAAAGCCAAUGCGUAGUAAUGGGUCUUAAGCAAGGACUUGAACGUUCCAAUGGUCCGAGCUGUUCUUACAUGAAUGGGUAAACUAUUCCAGAGGUUUGGAGCAGCCACUGAAAAGGCUCGGUCACCUUUGGUUUUUAACCUGGAUCUGGGCACAUCGAGGAGCAUCUGAUUGGACGACCUCAGUGCUCGUUAUCUCUUACAUAGCUAGCUAACAAUAGCUUGUAUUUGUUCGUAUAUUUGCUAUAGCUAGCUAGCUAAACAACAACAACAACAGUUUGCAAUGCUAGCUAUGCCGUUAGCAACUAAGCAAGGCUGGACUUCCAGGAUGAAUGUGCUCAUCCAAAGACAUAGCUAGAUAGUGAUUCUGGUAUUUUCAUUUACUGUUCGUCGAUUAGGGUUAUAGCGAGUAUUUUCAUUUUUUUCCUUACCACAGUGAGUGUUUGCUUAAACAAAAGUCUACUGUUGCAUAUGGUCAUAUGCACAAUAACUUUACAGAUGUCCCGAGAACAGCUGGUUGUACAACAGGCCAGAAGGUCCUUCCAGACAGGGAAAACCAAGCCUCUGGAGUACAGGAUCCACCAGUUGAAGAGCCUGCUCUGCUUCAUCUCAGAGAGACGGAAAGACAUUGCAGAUGCCGUCAAAAGGGAUCUUGGCAAGAGUGAACAUGGGACAGAGCUGUUUGAGACACUGGGACUGGAGGGAGAGAUCAGUCUGGCUAUGGAGAAACUGGCAGAGUGGGCGGCUCCUCGGCCGGUAGAGAAGAACCUCCUCACCAUAUUAGAUGAAGUUUAUGUGCAGCCGGAGCCUCUGGGAGUGGUGCUCAUCAUCGGGGCCUGGAACUACCCCUGGGCUGUCACCCUCCAGCCGCUGGUUGGAGCUAUCGCUGCUGGUAAUGCAGCAGUAAUAAAGCCAUCUGAAGUCAGCUCUCACUCUGCCAAAGUGAUGGAGGAACUUCUCCCCCAGUAUCUAGACAAAGAUCUGUACCCAGUGGUGACAGGUGGAGUGUCCGAGACCCAGGAGCUGCUGAAGCAGAGAUUUGACCACAUUUUCUACACCGGUAACAGCACAGUGGGGAAAUUGGUGAUGGAGGCUGCGGCUCGCCACCUCACCCCAGUGACCCUGGAGCUGGGAGGAAAGAGCCCCUGCUACAUUGACAAGAACUGUGACAUCAAUGUCGCAUGUCGUCGCAUCACGUGGGGAAAGUUUGUCAACUGUGGCCAGACAUGCAUCGCUCCAGACUUUAUCCUGUGUGAACCCUGCAUCCAGAGCCAAGUAGUAGAAGAGAUCCAGAAGUGCAUCAAGGAGUUUUACACAGAUAAUCCAGAAACAUUUGAGGACUACGGACGCAUUAUUAACCAGCGGCACUUUAAGAGGCUCAUGGCUCUUAUGGAGGGGAGCACAGUUGCUGUUGGUGGAGACAAUGAUGAAUCCCAGUGCUACAUAGCCCCCACUGUGUUGAAGGAUGUGACGGGCGAAUCCAAAGUGAUGAAGGAGGAGAUCUUUGGGCCACUGCUGCCCAUCAUCACAGUGAGCGGUAUAGACGAGGCCAUCCAGUUUAUUAAUGCGAGAGAAAAACCUCUGGUUAUAUACAUCUUCUCUAAUGACAAUAAGCUGAUCAAAAGGGUGAUAGCUGAGACAUCCAGCGGAGCUCUGCUGGCGAAUGACUGUCUGGUACACUUUACUGUUAGUGCUCUGCCCUUUGGAGGAGUUGGUAACAGUGGUAUGGGCUGUUACCACGGACGGCACACCUUUGACCAGCUGAGCCACCUGCGCAGCUGUCUGAUCAAGCAGCUGAAGAUGGAGGGAGUCAACAGCAUGCGUUACCCCCCUCACACUGCCAAAAAGCUGAGCUGGGCCCGAUUCUUACUGCUCAAGCAGGUCAAUGUGUGCAGGCUGCGGCGCAUGGCACUGCUGGCCACAUUAGCCGGCUUGGCAGCAUUUGUGGCGCAGAGAUUCCUGCGGAGAGGCUGAGGAACAGAAACUGGGGGCCUGAGUUGAACGCUGGUGGUGUAGGUGAUUCUGGGACAGCCACAUGGACCUCCUCAAUUGUAAUGAAAUACAGCCCACCUGUGCAUUACUGGUCUAUUAUUUGUCAUUCGUGUAGAUAUGUUUGACUGUUUUUUGUCCUUUUUAAAGAUGGAUUUUAUUCUGUUAAAUCUUAAACUGCUAUCAAUGUUUUUAGGAUUAUACUAUAUUUGUAUUUAACUUGGCAAAUUGAGAUUUAUUUAGAUUCCGAAAUUUAUGAAAGUAAUAUAAUCAAACUGGCCUUGAUUCAUUCAACUACACACAAACUACCUUUUAACAUGUCAAUCCAUCACAGUGUAAGUACCAGGUCUGCUUUUUAAGUGAUGCCAGUUCUGUUUUUGAUUGUCGUCCAUCACACUUUCUGCAACUAAACCGCACUAAUAAAGUUCGUUAUGAUUAA